AUGGUGCGUUCCUCCGCUCUUCUCCCAGCUCAAAGCCAUGCCGCCAUGCCUCGCCCCCAUGCGCCCGAGCCGCAUUGCCUCUUGGAGGAGCCCACCGUACGUCGGCAGCUGGUAGACUCGUGGGACAAGAGCUCCAAGUCGGUGCCGACCUUGCAAUCCCUGGCGCUGGCGAAAUGUGCGAAGAGCUGCCUCUUAGACCCCGACUUCGCCAUGGACGCGGCCGAACGGAUGCCGGUCUCCUUGUUCGAAGUGCUGGGAGACAUCGCCAAGAACAUCCUUCGGCAGAUGGGCGAACGCGGCGAAGGAAACAAAGUGAGCGGAUGGGAGGGCCUCUUCUCUCCGAGGCCCAGCUGGCUGCAGGAGAGCUUGGGAGGCCAUCCGAGCCUGGCCAGCAGCGAUGCUCGCCAGGUUUGUCCUUUCCUUCAUCCGGAGUUCCACCGAUCGGUCCGGCAGCACGGCGAAGCCAAGACGCUGAGCGGAUGUCCAUGUGAGCUUCUCCAUCUACAGCUCUAUUCCAAGAAGCCGGUGAUCCAAUGGAUGAGAAUCCCACGGAGCAAUCAAUGCGAUGGUGUGCCAGAGACUUGGCCCAACGAAUCAGGUGGUGAAACGCACCUUUUCCGAAGCCCACCGGUUCCGGGCGCAGCGAGCGAAAAGAGCGAAGGUUUCAAGAAUCAGAACUCCAGUGAGAACCAGCUUCUGAAUGGUGAGAACCAGCUUCUGAAUGGUGAGAACCAGAUCUUGUCCUCGUCGACGGAUCCCAGCGUGGACUUCGAGUUUGAAGGUGAGAUGAAGGGCAUCACGCCGCUUUAUGUGGCAGCCACUUGGGGCUAUCCUGAACUGGUGAGGUAUCUGCUGCAGAAGCAGGCGAAUCCCAGCCGACGGGAUGCGCGGGGCAUGACGCCCUUGCGAGUGGUCCUCGUCGCCGCGCAGGAGUCCAAAGUCUGCACCAGCGUGGCCGUGGACCGUCAGCAGGCGUUGCGUUUCAAGGGCCUUCGCUAUACGGAGGUCAUAGAGAUCUUGGAAGCGCAAAGCCUCGAGGAGCUUGAGGCCAAUUCGCGAGCUGUUCCUCCACGGAAGAGCUCGGAAGAGGCCUCCUCGUCGAAGGAACAGCUGGACGAGAUUCCGCGGCUUUCCUUGACAACUUCUGCGGCUUCCGCAGAGCGUAGCAAGGGAAGUGAUGCGUUCUCCGAGGCUGAGGUGUCGAUGACGCCACUUGUACAAAGACUUGCUCACGGUUGGAGAAGCGAAGACGUCGCGAACGCCGAAGCGAACGUCAGGCACUCUGCUCCGCUGAGCCGCUCUCCGAUCUCGAGUCACUCGAGUGACGAAACAGUCAACAGGAACAAGUGCCACAUUUUGCCAAGGCGGCUCCGGGGAGGACGAGCGCUCGUGGUGACAGUCCAGGAGGACGAGCGCGCCGGCGCGGCGGCCAGCGGCUACAGCAGCUCCGCGGUCGGCAGGCCACCUUCGGAGGAUGACCUCUUGGCCACCUUCGGAUGA